UGACGUUUGUUUGCAGUCCCCCCCUAUAUCAUCCUGUCCAGAUGUGAGCUCCCAGUUACAGACAACUCGCUUUCAGAGAAGACUGUCACUUCUUGGACUUGUACAUCCAACACAACAGCAGACAUGAACGCAAAAUACACUUUGGCACUGAUCCUGGCUCUGCAGGUCUCCAUGAGCCUGUGUGAGAUUCCCGCACCAGACCAGGAACUUGUUGACAAGUAUGAUGCCAUGAAAUCUGUCUUCUACAAGAGGCUGCUGAACGCUUUCGCCAAAAUGCAGGCAGCCGCUGCUCCCAUGUUGGAGAGCGCCGGAGAGGGUGAGCGUGGAACCGCUGCCAAAGAAUAUUUGGAGACCCUGCAGACCAAGCCCGAGUUUCAAGCCGUCGUCAAAGUUGCCAGUGGCCUGGGACAGGAGGCAGGUCCCCUGGUGGACAAGGCCCGUACCACAGUGCUGGGUCUGUACGGACACUACGUGCGCCCCCAUGUUGGCCAGCAGCUGAGCGAAACCAUCGACGGCAUCAAGGUCUACCUGGACAAAUACCUGCCCGCAGAGUAAAGAAGAACAACUGCAGCUAGCCGCGUGUCAGCAGCCUGUUAGAGAUGAUAGAUCAUAGAAACAAACACACGUUUAGGCUGAAAAGAGCAAUGCACAAUGCAAAAAUACUAUCUUUUUGAAGCAGGGUGAAUAUUCCCCUAUGCUAACUGUGCAUGUAAAGUAUUUUGUGUUUGAUACACUAACCAACGUCUCUGUGUGACUGUGUAUGUAUAUGUGUGAGUGUGUUCAUUAAAAUGAACUGGAAACUA